AUGUGGGUUCACUAUAUGCUAUUAGCUGUUGCUGCGGCUCCCGCCGUGCUUGGUGGGACCAGACCCGGUGGCAAGGAGCUUCGACCGCUGACAAGACGAGGCGACGUUGCUCUCGCCGCGGGCCAAUUCAACGAUGCUACGCGCGCAUACUCCGAGGCUCUCGAGCUUGCUCCAGAGAGUUAUCUGCUGCUUUACAAGCGUGCAACAGCAUACAUGUCCCAGAACCAACAUUCUCGCGCCAUGGCCGAUUUGGACAGAGUCCUCGAGUUCACUGGCGAUGGCUUUGACAAGGCCUUGUUCAUGAAGGCUCGCUUGUUUGCCCGAGAGGGGAAUUGGGCAGAGGCCACGAAAUUCGCGAACCAAUACACCGUCAAGAACAAGGGCGACAAUGCUGCGGUUGACUUGCUAUUUGCAGUCACAGAGGGUCAAGUCGCGCAUCGCAAUGCUGAAAAAGCAGCCAAGAACAAGCACUGGGAUAUUUGCGUCGAAGAAUCAACACGAGCGCUCCUCACCGCCUCGCACCACUCUGGUCUCCGAGAACUCCGUGCCAACUGCGCACUCGCGUUAGGGGACCUCGAACAAGCUGCCGCAGACUUGACUCGCUUGACACACCUCAUGGCGCCCACAUCACACAUGUUCGUUCGCAUUGCCAACUUGACGUAUUUCCUUCUCGCCCCAACACCUCAAGCCCUUACCACCGUCAAGAAGUGCCUCCAACUCGAUCCCGAUUCCAAGCUAUGUCGCAACGCGCACAGGGUCUACAAACGCCUCGACAAGGAACAGUCCAAACUCGAACGGUUCGUCGAUGCCCAGGACUGGCGUAACUUGGCCAAGUUGGUUAUCGGCAACAAGGGCGAAGGUGGAUUGGCCGAUUCGUUUGACGCUGCGCUUGAAGAAGGCACCAAGCAUCUGCACUUGCCUACCUCGGUCGUACCCAAGAAACACUCCCUGAGGAGACAGAGGAUAUACUGGGCAGCGUGCAAGGCGUAUACAUCGAUGGAGCUUCCUGCUAAGGCCGAAAUCUGGUGUAACGAGGUUCUACAAAUGGAUCCCGAAGAUCCCGACGCGUUGGAGGGUAAAGCCGCUGGGUUGAUGGCCAAGGAAGAGUGGGAAGAGGCUGUUAGGACGCUCGAAAAGGCGUUCGAGGUCACCGGACGAACGAGCCGUACGAUUGCCGAGAGAUUAGAAAAGGCUAGGAGGUUAUUGAAGCAGAGCCGAAACAAGGACUACUACAAGGUCUUGGGCGUAUCCAGGGAUGCAGACGAAAAGACCAUCAAAAAGGCCUACAACUCUCAAAGCGCAUCCCGACAAGGGUGGCAGCGAAGCCAAGAUGGCCGCCGUCAACGAAGCUUACGAGGUCCUCUCCAACCCGAACUCCGCGCCCGAUUCGACAAUGGCGACGACCCCAACGACCCCACUUCCGGCCAGGGUGGACACGGAUUCCCAGGCGGAUUCCCCGGUGGGUUCCAGUUCCAGCAAGGAGGAGGAAUGCCCUUCCAGAACAUGUUCUUUGGUCGUGGCGGAGCGAGGGGCGGACAACAACAGUUCCAGUUCCAGUGGUCGUAA